AUGCCAACCUCUUCGGUGGAAACCUGGCUCCGGGGUCUGGCCUUCUCCUUGUGCGCGACCCUGGCGGAGGCCAAAUACCCCUUCUCAUCCUCCUCCCCCAAAGCAACCCUCACCAAUGACACCUCGGUCUCGUUUGACCCUCUCGGCGUGGCCGCCGUGCUGGGGAACCCGCGAGCUGGCGCGAGCGCUGCCCGACUGUACGUGCAGUAUGAUCAAGCCGUGUUUCACUGGCCACACAUGACGAUGAUCGGAGGGACGCUCCCGGCUAUGCAGAUGUUGGUCGAGCACCUCACCUCCGCGCUCCCCUCCGUCCAUCCCGCCGUCAGAUUGUGCGCCAACGAGACCACGAUGAUCCCGAUUCGUUCCAACGUUUCGAAUCAGGUCUUCCGCGAACUUCCGCUGACGCUCAGCAACCUUUGGCUCCAUGACUACAUCAACUUCAAGCCCAGCAACGAGAAUCCAGGCAAUGACUUCAUGGUGAUUCGUAUCAAUGCAAUCGAUGAAGACGCGAAAAAGCAAAAGGGCAGCACGGAAGAAGACCCGGGUUUGGGGUGGUGGAUGGCCGGCCGGCUGACCCUGUAUCUCUUGAUCCUUAUCAACGGAGCGAUGAUUCUAGCGGCCAUGCUCAUCGGCAUCCUGGCUGCAGACAUCUGGGCGUUCACCCUGUUUUUUCUCUACGGUAGUCACUGGAUUGCGUCUGCAAUCAUCACCUUCGUGCCCAUGGUCGAGUUCCACGUACCCCCGAAUAUCGACAAGAACAUGAGCCCGCGAUAUGCAGCAUACCAACGGCCAGAGGGUGGGACCGUCAUUUUCAAGGGGCCCCAAUACGCCCUAGAACGCUGGGCGCGGUCGACCUGGGAAUACAAGUACAAGCCCUGGAAGGCGCCCCUGCAUUGGGCGUGGAUGAUCACAGGCGCACUGGCCGCCUUCGCCUCGGUCGCGUGCAUGGUCAACAUGCACGGAUACCUGCAGCUGGCCUUCCUGGCGGUGCUCGUCUACGCAACGCUCGCCGAGAUCAUCGCCACCAAGAUCUCGCGCCGUCUUCAAAUCAAGGCGAAGGGACCCGUGUCCUUUGAAGCCACGCUGAACAACGACACCCGAUCAGAGGGCAUCAUUUCGGCUACAAUCAAAAUUCGCAAGGAUUGUCGCCUGGAGGGCUUUGAUUGGAUCAAGAUGGGCCUGCUCCCGGAUAUGCCUGUCUUCCGGCAAAUGCAGGUCACGCUGGCGAGGAUCAACAGGCGCCAGAACGAGGCAGAAGAAGAGCGACGAGAUGGAGCAGUAUCGCAAGCACCCGCGUGCUCCGAGGCGAAUUCCGAGCGCGUUGCCCACCUUGAGAAUUCAGAUAGUUCAACAACCAAGAGACAUAUGAACCGCGUCAAGAUCGCCCACCGCUGA